UACGGUUUCUGAUGAAAUCACACACUCUCCCAUUACUAUUUUUUUUUAAAUGAGCUGAAUGUGACCUCCAGCCUCAUAAUGAGGCAAAUGAUUCCGUAGAAAUGAAACAUACAUUGUCUUGGAAGGUGAACUGGUGAACCUUGGACGACUUCCAUCGCAGGCGUCUGGAUCAUUAUGAAACCAAAUUCCUUAUUAGCUGUAAAUAAUUUUUUCAAUAACAGGAUUCGUUAUUUUGCUGGUAAUAUUGCAGAGGUUAUGCGACUGCCCUUUAAUUUGUUAUAACAACAAUCCACAGGUCAGCAUUGUUACAUUUGAGAAGACAAAGCUUCUCAUUAUUGGUUUGAAAUGACCUAAUAAUGGAAUUAGUUUUCAUUUCCUCCAUGUAUUCAUAGCCAAACCUGUGGCAUUUUGCACUUUAUGGGGCCACAUCUCCUGAUUUGAUUGUUCUACUGGUUAAUUGGUUUAUAACCAUGGGAUGAAUGACUGUCUAAGGCCAUAAUGAGGCAAAAUAUACAGAGAUUUGUGUAACUGUUACGCUAUUGUCGCACUGGCAGACUCUCAGCAUUGUGCUCAUGGUUAAUAACAAUUUAGCACCGUUAAUGACAUGUGCUACGAGCACUUGACAUCUCACCACUCCCUCUGAACAACAGUGUUGAAUUUGGCAGGACAGAUGCACAAACGCGCUUUAUGUGAAGCAGAGCCCUUAACAAAAUCAUUAGUGGAUUUCAGGAAACAGAUUGGAUAAUGUGCUCUCCUUUCUGGUUAGUAGAGCUGUAGGGUUGAAACUAAGUCCACUCAGUCCAGGUAAGAUAAACGUUGUCUUUACUGUGUUUUAUUUUCUACGGUUUAAGAUAGAAACACUGAGUUUUACCAACAGCUCUAAUGUUAUUUCUUUGUAAUAUGUCGUUUGAAGUCGGUCCCUGUAGUUGUGAGAAGUCCGAGGCAGGGUUCGGAAGCUGGUCUGAGACUCAUCUUCGGACGCUUGGCUGUAAACGGCAGGUGAUGUUCCUCCACGUGUGCUGCCGCCGCUCUGGCCGCUGUUUUCAUCCAGUGUCUUCAUUCUGGCUUUAAUGAGCUCAGUGUUUGUGUGCGCACACUCAGCUAGGCUGCAAUCUAGCACUGCAAUUUAGGGACGACAGGAAUGUAGUGUGGUGGUAACAUACCUUGUCAGGAUAAACACAGCGGCCUACUCCCAGACUUGGACGGCUCACAAGGAUCUGAGGCUCGGCCUUCACCGGUGUCUGAGGGUUUUAUCUGGCACUGAGGAGGCUUGUUUCUGUUUGGGAUGUCUCUUUGGCUUCUACUAGUUUCACAACAUCACCCAGGUCUCUUCUUAGUCACACAAGUCGCACAAAUUACUGCAGAUGCACUGGUAUCACUUACGGCGAUGGUGGUGCAGUAAACGAUGCUCUGCACGAGUUUGUUCAUUGACUGCAAUUUUAUUUCAGGUUAGUCUGUUAUAAAAAAACAUUUGAGGAUAUUAAAGUGCUUUGAAUAAGUGGAAAGGACGACUCUGUCUUUGGUAAGAGGCUCUUUGAUCAGCUGCUGUUUGAUGCCUAGAUGAGUGGCGUCCUUUCUCUCUGCGCAUUGAAGGCUCCUCUGUGUAUCUUGAGUUAUAUUGUAAUCACUGCUUUAAUAUCUGUGAUCUUUUAAUUGAGCUUAUAUCUCUCUGUCACCCCAGCUGACCUUUUCUGCGUGUGGAUCACGAGGUUAAUAAACCCAAUAUGCCUCAUACAGUCAGCAUCUCUUCAAAGAUGAUAAACAUUAAAGCUUUGGUAUGUUUUAUUUUGUAUUCAAGUAUGAAUGAGGCAUUUUUGAGGUCACCAUGAGGUCUUCCAGUCGCAGCUGCUCUCCAGAGCAGAGGAGUCACGUGAAUGCCUCCCUUCUAAGGCUAUACUGAGCACUGGUUUGCAGCUGACAUGGUAUUAAAUCAUAGCUGUUAUAAGAUACAAUCACAAUUAGUCGAUUCAGUUGCUCAGACGCUUAUGUUACACUGUAUAAACCAGGUGAUAUUUAAUUUUAGCCUUACGUUUUAGAUUUGUGCUCAUUUGUUGCUGUUUCUAUGUAAACAUUCAUACACGCCUCUGUUGUUGUGCGUUGGUGCAUCAGCUGUGGGAAAUAGUCCAGAGUGCUGUUAGACGUGGUCGUGGUCAACAGUAGCUGUUAAUUGAUCUACGACCAACGGUCAUUUACGUCACUCUCUCCUCGCUCUGAAGAGCCUGGGGCUGCGUGUCUCUGUGUGUGUGCACGUGUUUCCUUUGCACAAAUGGGUCUGUGGAAUGACAAAGCACUACAGGACGUCUUUAGCGAGUCAGCAGUGGCCCCUCCCAUCACCUUUUAUGGUUGGAGGGGGAGGUGCGGCAAGGCUACUCAUGCUGCUGCUGUGACUAAUUGAGAGGUGUGUGUGUGUGUAUGUGUGUGUGUGUGUGUGUGUGUGUGUGUUUGUGCGUGUGUGCGUGUGUGUGUGUGGGUGACCCAGAGAGGGAGCGUGUGCUCUGCACUUACCUUGUUCACACUGGUGUAUAAAAUAAGAUUUAAUCCCUUUUUAAAACUGAUCAUCCUUCACUAUCAUCAACUAUCAUCAAUGGGUAUUAGCACAUCACACUCACUACAUUACUCAAGAUUCUGUGAUCUAUUUUGUAAUUGUGACCUGAAUAAUAGUUUGUUUUGGGGUUUAUCUGAAUCUUGUGUUUAUGGACAUUUGGAUGUGCAGGUGACGUGUGUGCGUGCGUGCGUGUGUGUGUGUGUGUGUGUGUGUGUGUGUGUGUGUGUGUGUGUGUGUGUGUGUGUGUGUGUGUAUUAGCAUGACGUUGGAAAGUGUCACUUUCCUCCAGGCUUUACAUAACAUCACAGACCCGCUUGUUUGGAUUUACAUGCAUUAAAGUGGUGCCUGUGAGGGAAAGUCAGCGGUUCCUGCUGCUGUUGUUGUUCUUCAAUUAGAUGUUGGCUGAUAAAGGCACCUUGACAAUUUAUGCAUGGAAAGAAAUGGCAGAUGACUCCAUUCAGUCGAACAGCUCAAUGCAACAAGGUUAAACAGGUUGAAUCAACAGACACCACAAUAUUCACUUGACUGCAGUGUUUCAGCUUUUAAAUAGUGAGCCCAACUUAAAAAAGAAUGUAGGCCACGCUAAUUAGUUAAUACUUAAUUAGUAUGAAAUGCAGCAAAACAGACAGCCUUUUUGGAUAGAAAUAGUGUGUGUUACAGUUUUGAACCCAAAUACUUUCUUUUUGGAGAAAUACACCGUAUACACAUAUCCCAGAGUGAAGAGAUGCUGUGAAACAACAUUUUUAGCAAGCUUCCCCCGAGAGGCUGCUCAGGAUGCUGGAAACAUUAGAACAAAACAGGCAGAGGAACAAUGUUAAGAAAGAGCCUUGAUGAUUUUGUAAAUCCUCCAUCUAUGAUGUUUUUACCUUAAAUAAGUCAAUUAUAGCCAAGCUAAAUCCCGCUCUGAACCUAACACGCUGUUUAAAAUCAAUGUCAUGUAAGACCACGUUUGCUCACUACCACCUACGCUGCAAACAAAGCCAAAUGUGGAAGCAGAAGUGAAAUUCACCUCCAGCGCCACCAGUGCAUGAAGUCUCAGAGGAACUGCCAAACCUGUAUCAGCGCCUUGUUUUCUUAAAGGCUCCCCCAGCAGCAAGCAGCUAAAACCUUAAUCUCCCAGCCAAGUGAGCGCUAUGAAAGACUGCCUGUGGAGAAGGAACCCAGUGUUUUCUGCUGCUCCUGACCAUCAUCCAACUCCAUGACAAACUUCAACAAUGGCUUGGAGGCCAGUUCAGACUCAGACGACGAGGACAAGCUACACAUUGUGGAGGAAGACAGCCUGCAGGAGCCUGAGGUCGCCAACGGCGACGGGACCACGCCUCAGGACAGCCAUGACGCCGCCACAGUAUUACCCCAUAAUGGAUCCUGGAACGGAGUGAAGGACGAAUGUGCAUCAGAAGAGGAGGAGGAGGCUGUGAAGGAUGCUCUAGUGGAGGAGAUUCUCCAGCAGGGAGACACAGCCAUCAUCUACCCUGAAGCCCCUGAAGACGAGCAGAGCCCAGCUGAGACAGGAGGCGCUGAUGAAAACGGCACACCAGAUUCCUUCUCCCAGCUGCACACCUGCCCGUACUGCUCCCGGGGCUACAAACGCAAUGCCUCGCUGAAGGAGCACAUCAAGUACCGCCACGAGACCAGCGAUGACAACUACAGCUGCUCGCACUGCAGCUACACCUUCACCUACCGCUCGCAGCUGGAGAGGCACAUGAGCCACCACAGGGGUCCCAGGGAGCAGCGCCACGUUUCCCAGUCGACAGUCGGAUCAGGAGGAUCAGGUGGACCUCGCAAAUUCAAGUGUACCGAAUGUUCCAAAGCCUUCAAAUACAAGCACCAUCUGAAGGAGCACCUGCGCAUUCACAGUGGUGAGAAACCAUAUGAAUGUUCGAACUGCAAAAAGCGCUUUUCCCAUUCAGGCUCCUACAGCUCCCACAUUAGUAGUAAAAAGUGUGUGGGCGCGCCGCCCCCCAACGGCGUCACCCGGACGCCGAUCAAGUCCCCGCCUCCCAGCGGCCAGACCACGCCCGUCGUAAUCGCCCCGGCCCGUACGGCUCUCAAAGAGAAGGCUGAAAGCAAACCCCUUCAGGAGCUGCUCCCUGUCACCCAAAUCAAAUCAGAGCCCGUGGAGCUCGAGUGCAAACCCGUGAUGGCCGCCCCGGCGGCUCCAGCCGGUUCCAACGGAGUCGUGAACGGAGGGAACGCCCAGCCAGCCGUGGUGCCCGCGGCGCCGCUGCCUCAGGGCGUGGCUAUGGUCGUCCCCACCGUGGGCCUGAUGUCGCCCAUCAGCAUCAACCUGAAUGACCUGCAAAAUGUGCUGAAGGUGGCCAUGGACGGGAACGUGCUCAGGCAGGUGCUGGGCACGGCCAACGGGGUGGUGGCGCAGGGGAAGCAGGGAAUCGUGGUCCAGCAGCCGCAGCAGCAGAUCAUCAGCCUGCCGGCGUUUGUGGAUCACGACGGCACCACCAAAAUCAUCAUCAACUACAGCAUUGGCCCUGCAGCCGCCACCGCUGCCACCACCCAGCCCGCGCCACUGGUUGUCAAAAGCAGUCCCCUGUGUGCCGUCACCCCCGCCGCUGCAGCCCCUACUCCCACCAGAACAGACAAAGCCCCAACCCCAGAGGUGACCGACCUCACCAUCAUCAAGACAGAACCAGAAUCAGUGCCCGUCACGGAGGAUGACGCGCCAGAAGCCGCGCAGUCAGAUACGGAAUCUGUUAAGACUUCAGACGCUGAAGCAGCUCAGAUGCCAAAAGCCAUCAGCACCAGUACAUGUUUACUUUGUGACGACUGUCCCGACAACCUGGAGGCGUUGCACCUCCUCCAGCACCGCAAAGCAGCCAACGGAGAGGCCGUGGACUCUGCCGCCCUGGACCCCUCCUUCGCUGCUUUGCUGAGCGAGGCUGGGGUGACGCUGGAGGAGCCGCCGGUGGACGACCUGCUCUCGCUCCUCAAGACCUACUUUGCCUCCAAUGCCAAUCCCAGCGAGGAAGAGCUCGCAAAGAUCUCAGAGACGGUCAGUAUUCCUGUGGAAGUCGUCCGAAAGUGGUUUGCCAAGAUGAACUCUGGGAAAAAUAUGGGCAGGCACCGCGGCGACAGCACAGCGGUUUCCAAAAAGACUGACACCAUUUCCAUUUUAGAAGUAGCUUUGAAUUCAGACAGAGAGGAGGAGGAAGAAGUGACUGAAGACACCUCCAACAAAGCCUUGUCAGAAUCUGGAAGCGAUUCACCAUCAGAGUCCACCUCACUGGGCAUCAGCACGGACGACCUUGUCAUUGUGAAAAGCGAGCCAGAAGACCCCGAGGCCCCAGACUCCCAGGCAGAGCCUCUGGACCUCUCCCUCCCCAAACACAUGGCAGCAGCGUCAGAAAGCGACGCGCCUCCGCCUCCCGCCAAGCAGCAGGAGCAUCCUCUGAAUCUGACCUGUCUGAGGAAGGAGCAGCUGCAGGGGAGGACCAUCUACGUCACGGCGCCUCAGAGCGGGCGGCCGGUCAACAUCGUCGCCGCCACGCAGCUGCCGACGCUAGUGGCCAUCGCCGGUCAGGGCGCGGUCGGCUGCCUCAGCGCCAUCAACACCACCACCAAGCGCACCAUCCUCAUCCCCCAGCUCACCUACACCUACGCCACUACAGCCGGCAGCGCCACCGGGGCAAAGACCGUGGUGCUCAACGGCCACAAGCCAGAGAAACGUCCGGAAAGCAGCUCUGACGCCGUGUCCCCGGCGGAGGAACAGAACGACUCAGAUUCAGCCGCGCUGAUAAAGAAGCGGCGGAUGGAGAACGGCGUCUACCCCUGUGAUCUUUGCUCUAAAGUCUUCCAGAAAGGCAGCUCUCUGCUCAGGCACAAAUACGAACACACAGGAAAGCGGCCCCAUGAGUGCAACGUGUGCAAGAAGGCCUUCAAACACAAACACCACCUGAUCGAACACUCGAGGCUGCACUCUGGGGAGAAACCCUACCAGUGUGAUAAGUGCGGGAAGCGCUUCUCUCACUCCGGCUCAUACUCGCAGCACAUGAACCACCGCUACUCCUACUGCAAGAAAGACGGCUCAAACGCCGGCUCCAGUCCAGGCUCCGGGCCUCGCAGGGUUCAGUCGGAGCUCGGCAGCUCUGGGACUGGACCCCUGUCAGACAGCCGCACCACCACUCCCCCCUCCCAACUGGACUCUGAUGAGAGGGACAGUGAGGAGGAGGAGGAUGACGACGAGGCUAUUUGUAUGGACGACAUCCGCGUUGUGCAGGUCGACGAUGGCGAGUGCGAAAUCUACGAGGGCAACUUUGAUGAUGAUGACGAGGACGAAGAGGAGAUGGGAGAGGCAGAAAUGGAGGGAGAGGAAGAGGUGGAGAGAGAAAACAUGGACAACGAGGUUGUGUGCGAUGUCGUGGAGAUUGAGGUGGGGGAUGAUCACAUGGAGGCCGAGGAGAUGGAAGAAAGACCCGAAGGAAAGGAGGAAGCAGCAGGUGUGGAAACAGAGGAAACGGCAGACUGUGAAGCGAAUACAGACAAAAGUAUUGACAGCACCGAACCCACAGAGGAAGUGGUGACAAACACCAAAUAGAAAGGAAAGAGAAGCUCUUCAGGACAAAUCAGACGUGAGAUAAUUAGGACAAAACUGCAUCUUGCCAUCAAAAGAAAGUCACGGCGGUUGCCUGAUUUUAACGGUCCACUACUGUGUACAAAAUCCAGGUGUGCCUGAACUUGAAAAAAUGAAAAACAAACCAGACUUUUUCUCGUGGAAAUUAAAUAUCAGUGUUAAAUUUGUUUAUAGAAGUACAGAUUUUAAAGGAAAACUCAUCCAUCAACAUGUUAGACUCGUUAUUGAGACAUCCCAGGUCGUUUUGUUUUUAUUUUGUCAGUGUUACUAAUAUUGUUCUUGUUUGACACAUUUUAACUUGUAAAAAUGAGAAAGAUUUCUAUACCUUUUUAUUGCCAAUGAAUUUUCCUAAAUCAGUAUUUUGUUGAGUUAUACGAACAAAAACCUCUGCACUACAGUAUUCCUGGUUUACCUAUGGAUACAUGCCUCAUGCAUCGUAUGCCCUUCAGUGUUAUAUACGUACACUAGCUAGCAAGAUGUUUUUGUGUUAGUGUUUGUCUCUGCUAGCUGGCUUUACUCUUGUUUUCAGUUUGACUGUUAGCCUUAAGGAAAACAAAGUAUUCUUGGGGGGGCGUGGGUGGGAUGGGGAGUCGGGGAUGGGAGCGUGGCUUCUGUUUGCCAUAACCAAAUUUGUCCUAUCAGGGAACGUAGAGUCACAACCUCAAAGCCAGCAUCAGGCGCCUGUGUUGUGCAACCCGGCGCUGAGCUGCGGUUGCAAAACGCACGCGCCCAUUCCUACUAAGCUUUUCCUCGUUUUGACUUUAGUUCUCAGUCAGUGUUUCAGUGUUACUAGCUUAUAUAUGAAGUCAUACUGUAUGUGAAGGAACGGGGCCGUUUCCGGCUCCACCCCAAUGCCUCCAGCCUUAUGCAAGACCUGUGUGCUGUUAAAAGUGCCAUUGAACAGUAUUAUUAUUUCUUCUUUACACAUGUAGCCAGUAUUACGUCCCUCUGUUACUUACGCAAGACCCGUGUUGACUAAUGUUUGUUUAGCUGCACAGGGCAGCAGCAUAUUGUCAGAGGUUUUUUAAGGAAGCUCCUGGAACAUUACUGCUAUGUUUGAACACGUGGAAGUAAAACGUGCAGAUAUUUAAAAUGAUAAACACAAAUUGGAAUAAAACUACACAAUUAUAGGUAUUUUGGGGUGAAAACAGCAAAACCUGAUUGACUAAACAAUUAUUGUAAGAACUAUAGUACAUGUUGGUGAAUAAUGUACAUUUUAUUGACAAAAAAGCUUAUUAUUCCAGUGCAGAUUUUUAAGGUGAAUUUGACUACAUAUAAAUAAAUGCCUCGUAAACUUCCUCAAUAGUAAAACAAUAAAAUGCUUUUUACAUAAAUGUAAGAAACUAAUGUUUGCUAAUGCAGAGUUAAAUCUCUAAAAGCUAAAACACGCAUGAGCCAUAAAGGUCAGUCAGUCAAAACGCAGACUGAGGCAUUUUUUUCAACAAAUGUCAGACUUAUGCACUUGUUUUCCGACAGUUAGAACUUGUGUUGGGCUGUCGCGCACUUCAGUUAACAAACAUUAGCAAAUGUGGUCCAGUUGGUUUCAGUUGUUUUUACCAAACAGUGUUCUGUUAGUCUGUUCUUCUUCUAUUAUUUUUGUUCUGUGUUCUUCUUUUCAAACAAUGGCAGUAUUAGAUCCCUUUUCACAGAUGAAAAAAAGUACCUGUUUAGUUUUAGAAGACUUUUUUAUAUUUAUGUGUCUUAUUUUUAUAUUUUCUUUUAUGGUUAUUUAUUACACAUUGUAGUGUACAUUAAUGUAGUUUGAAUUGAUACAAUAAUAUAUUUUAGUAUGAAAAAUAAUCUCAAGACAAACAAAAAAAAAUCCUAAAAUGUGGUUCUGGGAGAUGAAGUUUGUUUUAACAAAGAAAAAAAAAACUAAAAAGAUAAACCAUGUAUUCUGUAAACAUGACUUCUGUUUUAAGCUAAAAAAGACAGGAAUGAAUUGAGAACUAGAAACUGUUACAUGUGCAUCCGCUCUAUACGUUGUAAUGAAGCUACUGAAUUCUAAACUCUGUGAUUUUAAAAGCAUGAAGCGUCGCCGUUUUGAUGAAGGAUCCUUGUGAAGACGUUGCUCCUCCCUUUUUAUUUCGAAGCCAAAUUUAGAUCGUCCCAUGUCCUGUUUUCUGUUCUGUGCCAACCAUUGUACUGUCGAAGGCUGCGUAUUGUUUGUCCUCUACACACCCUUUGUAAAUCCACUGUCUUUUUGUAUUGUUUUCAUUUUAGUUUGCCUCCAUUUUUAUGACUCCCCAUCACAAUAAAAUAUAAAACAGCA